AUGGUGAAUCCGCCAGCCCUUGGACCGUUCCGGCAGAUGUACAACACGUCACGUUUCCGGUUCUUCCUGUAUGCGUUCGUGGGAAUGUUCUGUUACGCGUGGUUCCCCGGCUACCUGUUCGAAAAAUUGAGUAUCUUCAACUGGCUGAGUUGGAUUUCACCCAGCAACGUGAACCUUGUCGCGAUCACUGGUAUCCAGACCGGAUUGGGCCUCAACCCUCUUCCAACAUUCGAUUGGAAUAUGGUCACCACAGCACUUGAUCCGCUUGUGGUGCCUUUGGUGGCCACCCUGAAUGUAUUCGCCGGCGUCGUCAUCAGCGGGGUCGUCAUCGCAAUCUUCUGGUUCAGAAACACAUACUGGGCCUCUUACCUGCCCAUUAAUACGAACAGGCUCUUUAAUCGCUGGGGUACGGCAUAUAAUGUCUCGGAAAUUCUAGACUCCCACGCGGUCCUCGUCCAGGCCAAAUACCAACAGUAUUCGACCACCUUUCUGGCGCCGAGCAGCCUGGUCCAGUAUACUUUCUACUUCGCGACCUAUUCCGCGACGAUCUCGUAUGCCAUCCUUUAUCAAGGUCAGGCGAUCAUGGCCGGAUUCCGGAAUCUGAUCCGUAAAACUGGCCGGAAGACGGCCAGCGUUCACGACGUCCAUUCCAGGCUUAUGUGCACGUAUAGAGAGGUUUCCGAGAUAUGGUAUGCUGCGCUGAAUGUGCUUGCGCUCGGCCUUGCUGUCGUCGUGAUCACAGCCUGGCCAACAUCCACAAAUGUCGGAGUCAUCUUUGUGGCAUUCAGUGUUGCAGCGGCCUUCCUGGUUCCAGUCGGUCAAAUCUACGCCAUUACGGGGAUUAGUAUCAAUCUAAAUGUGCUGUCGGAAUUUUUAGGGGGUCUAUGGACUCCCGGCAAUCCGCUUUCAGUCAACUUUUUCAAGCUUUAUGGAUAUACCACCCUUGCCAAUGCGCUGCCAUUUAUCAGCGAUCUCAAACUGGCCCACUAUGCUAAAAUUCCACCCUGGCAUACCUUUUCGGCCCAGAUCGUCGCCACGAUCGUAUCGGCGGUUGUGUGCACCGCCAUGCUGAACUAUCAGAUCAAUAAGAUUCCAGAUAUUUGCCAAAGGUUUGAUCUAACUCCCCCAGGUAUCAUUUCUCUAACUCUCAUCGUCCAUGCCAACAGCACUCAGAAGGAUCGCUUUACCUGCCCUGGAGUCAAUACCUAUUUCAGUGCCUCGGUAGUCUUUGGUAGCAUCGGCCCUCGCAGGAUGUUUGGUCCCAGAGGUCCAUACUCGGCUUUACUCGCUGCCUUCCCGAUCGGUCUCGCCCUGCCGGUGAUGCUCUACUUUGCACAAAGACGGAUAUUCUGGUUGCGCAACAUCAACCCGGUGAUGCUACUGCACGGGGGAACCACUUGGUCUCCAUUUAACUUGGCCUACAUCUGGCCCGCGGUUCCACUUUCAUUGUUGUCCAUGGCCUACCUCAAGAGCCGAUAUUUGGCAUUUUGGGCCAAGUACAACUAUAUCGCAUCCGCAGCAUUCUCAUCGGCAAUUGCCAUUGCCAGCUUGCUGAUAUACUUUGCGUUGCAAUCUAAUGGCAUUGAACUGCCCUGGUGGGGCAAUUAUGCGGAUUCAGGAUGCGAGAAACACGCAUGUCCUCGCCUGAGAUUGACAGGGGAAGAGUACUUUGGGCCGCGGGAGGGCGAGUGGGUAUAA